AUGGGCAAAGGAUUCUCCAAAGAUGAUGGCUUUUUGCGUCACGGCGAUUUCAACAUCUCUUUCGGUAUUAUGCUCAUUGCAGUACUUUUGUAUACGACCGCUACUUUGACUUGGAGUCCUACUUCACUCUUUGAACUUUCAGCCGUCAUUGAUGUUUCAAGAGCAUCAUUUGUUUUUCGGAAAUCUCAUUUAACGAUCUCGAUUAUGACCGUAGCUAGUACUAUUGUACUAAAAUCUAUGACAGCCAGCUUUGUCACUCUUCUGACACCAACACCCAUCAUGUUAAGCCAUCAUAUGUCGGGCCAAGAAAUUGAUUUAAGUACAGCAGAGUUUGGAAGAAUGUUACACGAAGAUAUACGCUGGGAUGAUGAAGAACGCCCCAAUCCUAAGGUCAGGACACUAUUUGGAUAUACAGCAGUAUCUAGUGGUAUGUCAGCGGCUUUCUCUCACAUCGGAUAUCCCCGCGAUUUCAAGUUCAACGGAGCGGCGUAUUCGGUCCCUACUGGGGGAAUCCUGGCCGUUGGUCCAAUGGGCUCAGUAAAUCACGAUCCACGCAAUAAAGGACACUUGCUCGGAGAUGACAUUGGAGGUCGAAUGAAAAGACUUUAUCAUGUUGAUGGAAUAGCAGAUGACACUGUCUUUAGCUCUUCAAUAAACUAUACAGCUUAUCAAAUGGGAUUACGUGGAGGGGUCUCAUGUAAAGCUAUAGGUUCAUCUGGUUUAGCAAGGUCUCGUUCUAGAAUUCAACUAAAUCUGUUCAAACAUUGGAAGUCACCUUCGCCUCGUAAUCAAAGUUUCUCUGAUUGGGUUUGGAGCGGAGCUUGCCCGAACGGAACAGAAAUUGAUGUGCCUACGACUACAUCCCGGUACAUCCCGGAACUGGGAAAGAAGCCAACAAAGAUUAUGGGCCAAGCUUUCGCUCAUGUUUGCUUCGAUCAAGAUUUGACCGGUGCUAAAUCGACUGGAAAUCAUGUUCUCAUUCUGGCUGGAAACGGAUCACAAUACGACUUCUUGAGGCCAACUGUGUGUGAAAUCCGACCAAAAAUUGGCACUUAUCAAGUUUUCUACAAUUACUCAAGUGUUACGAUUAACCAAACUAGUUUUAGUGAAACCCAUCAGAUGUCAGAAAAGACUCAGUUUCUUUCAGAGUACCUUGCCAUGUUGACAAGGGCAAUGGUUUCUAGCUCUCAAACUUUGUGGGCAAAUACCUUUAGCGAUGAUAUCCGUUCAGUGUAUGAAAAUGCUGCUGAGGGGCUCGAGGAAGACAAAUUGGACACAAUUCUUGACCAUUACUUCAACGGUGUGAUAGAAUUUGCGACAACAGCUCUCAAGUCCAAGAACAACAUAUUGAUUGUCAAUGUACCUCAAAAGUUUUUUCGAGCCCACUUUUCUACAGUCAAUCUUGAACCAGAUCCAUACCACUUACCAAACAAUAUCUCACGCGAAUUUAAUGGUACUUGGAUGAUCUCAACAAUGGGAUGGGAUGCAAAAAGCCGUAUCUUCGGACCUACCUUUCUUUCAAUGGUUCCUAUCGUUAUGGUGUCAUUUUUUUCGAUCUGUGCUAUCUUAGUUGGAUCUUAUAAAAGGUUAAUCUCAUCACCUCUUCAUUUGAAUGAACCUAUUCAAUUUGAUCCAAAUGAUAUGACUCAGAUCAUUCGUGUUGCUUGUGCUGGUAAUCUUUCUGAAAAGUUUUCUCAAAUGUCUGUUAAUCAAGUAGGACAAAGUGGUACAGAGAAAGAUUAUGAUAAAGUUCAUGUUCAGUUAAAUUAUGAUGAUGAUGCUCAUGGUAAAUUGAUAUGGAUGGAACCUCAAAGAGUUUGA